GUGGUGCGGAAGGGACAGCUCUAGCAGCGGCUGCUUUCGGGGGAGAAACAAAACCUGCAGGUCCGGGUCGGAGCCGGGGGACUUCCCCUUCCAGUGGGUGAGCCCUCCUGACCUCCGGUCAGCUCCGCUGUGGCCGCGGCCAGCCGCUGUGCCGGCUCCCGGCGGGGUCGCGGAGCGCCGGCUGGACCCGCCCCGAGCUCCAUGGUUUGCCCAGCCCUGCGCGAUGGUGACUCGGGGCGCGGAGGUUGGCGCGGGGCGAGCCGGCAGCUCGCAGAAUGAAGGCGGGGAGCGCGGCCGGCGGCCGGCGGGGGCUGGCUCCGCGACCCCAGCGCCCCGAGAAGCGGCCCAACCACCUGAACCCGGAAAACGCCAACAAGUAGUUUCUCGUUGGAGAAGGGCGGCUCGGCUGGGUGUCAGGACUCAGUCCGGCUGCCCGGAGAACCUCGUCCACUCGGAAACCAAAGCAGAACCACUUUUCUGUCGGUCUCGUUAAGUCAUGUCUGAGCCACAGAGAUGGGCAAGAUCGAGAACAACGAGAGGGUGAUCCUCAAUGUCGGGGGCACCCGGCACGAAACCUACCGCAGCACCCUCAAGACCCUGCCUGGGACGCGCCUGGCCCUUCUCGCCGCCUCGGAGCCCCAGGGCGACUGCCUGACGGCGGCGGGCGACAAGCUGCAGCCGUCGCCCCCUUCGCUCUCGCCGCCGCCGCGACCGCCCCCACUGUCCCCCGGGCCGGGCGGCUGCUUUGAGGGCGGCGCGGGCAACUGCAGUCCCCGAGGCGGCGGCGACCACCCCGGGGGCGGCCGCGAGUUCUUCUUCGACCGGCACCCGGGCGUCUUCGCUUAUGUGCUCAACUACUACCGCACGGGCAAGCUGCACUGCCCCGCCGACGUGUGCGGGCCGCUCUUCGAGGAGGAGCUGGCCUUCUGGGGCAUCGACGAGACGGACGUGGAGCCCUGCUGCUGGAUGACCUACCGGCAGCACCGCGACGCCGAGGAGGCGCUCGACAUCUUCGAGACCCCCGACCUCAUCGGCGGCGACCCCGGCGACGACGACGACCUGGCGGCCAAGAGGUUGGGCAUCGAGGACGCCGCGGGCCUGGGGGGCCCCGACGGCAAGUCUGGCCGCUGGAAGAGGCUGCAGCCCCGCAUGUGGGCCCUCUUCGAGGACCCCUACUCGUCCAGAGCCGCCAGGUUUAUUGCUUUUGCUUCUUUAUUCUUCAUCCUGGUUUCAAUCACAACCUUUUGCCUGGAAACACAUGAAGCUUUCAAUAUUGUUAAAAACAAGACAGAACCAGUCAUCAAUGGCACAAGUGUUGUUCUGCAAUAUGAAAUCGAAACGGAUCCUGCCUUGACGUAUGUAGAAGGAGUGUGUGUGGUGUGGUUUACUUUUGAAUUUUUAGUCCGUAUCAUUUUUUCCCCUAAUAAACUUGAAUUCAUCAAAAAUCUCUUGAAUAUCAUUGACUUUGUGGCCAUCCUACCCUUCUACUUAGAGGUGGGACUCAGUGGGCUGUCAUCCAAAGCUGCUAAAGAUGUACUUGGCUUCCUCAGGGUGGUAAGAUUUGUGAGGAUCCUGAGAAUCUUCAAGCUCACCCGCCAUUUUGUAGGUCUGAGGGUGCUUGGACACACUCUUCGAGCUAGUACUAAUGAAUUUUUGCUGCUGAUAAUCUUCCUGGCUCUAGGAGUUUUGAUAUUUGCUACCAUGAUCUACUAUGCCGAGAGAGUAGGAGCUCAACCUAACGACCCUUCAGCUAGUGAGCACACGCAGUUUAAAAACAUUCCAAUUGGCUUCUGGUGGGCUGUAGUGACCAUGACUACCUUGGGCUAUGGGGAUAUGUACCCCCAAACAUGGUCAGGGAUGCUGGUGGGAGCCCUGUGUGCUUUGGCUGGAGUGCUCACAAUAGCCAUGCCAGUGCCUGUCAUUGUCAACAACUUUGGAAUGUACUACUCCUUGGCAAUGGCGAAGCAGAAACUUCCAAGAAAAAGAAAGAAGCACAUCCCUCCUGCCCCUCAGGCAAGCUCACCUACUUUUUGCAAGACAGAAUUAAAUAUGGCCUGCAACAGCACGCAGGGUGACACGUGUCUGGGCAAAGACAAUCGGCUUCUGGAACAUAACAGAUCAGUGUUAUCAGGUGACGACAGUACAGGAAGUGAGCCGCCAUUAUCACCCCCAGAAAGGCUCCCCAUCAGACGCUCUAGUACCAGAGACAAAAACAGAAGAGGGGAAACAUGUUUCCUACUGACGACAGGUGAUUACACGUGUGCUUCUGAUGGAGGGAUCAGGAAAGGAUAUGAAAAAUCCCGAAGCUUAAACAACAUAGCGGGCUUGGCAGGCAAUGCUCUGAGGCUCUCUCCAGUAACAUCACCCUACAACUCUCCUUGUCCUCUGAGGCGCUCUCGAUCUCCCAUCCCAUCUAUUUUGUAAACCAAACUGCAUCAGUCGGCUAAAUUGUAUGAAUUCAAGUACUGUCUACCCCAUAAUGGAGAUAAUUAAAUGUAGACUUACUCCAGGCUCCAUUAAAUACAGUUUAAAUCCUGCAUGAUACUACUAUUUGAAGUCAGAAAUGCCACUUGGGUAGCUAACAAAUCUUAUCCUGGCUUUAAAGAUGACCUAAAGUAGUGCUACUUCUCCAUGUUAAUCGCCCUGGUCUUCUUUCGCAAUAAAAUGACAGAUAGUGUCAGCUAUUGGCCAGUACACUAAUACAUAAACAUAUCUUCAGGGAGAUACAUUUAGAACAGUGUGCUUCCUAAUGCCAGUCACUUCAUUGGACCUUCAUUUCUCGUGACUCUUAACCAUUUUGAAGAUGUUUGGGAUCCUCUCUUGAUUGCACACGACAUGACUCUGGUCAGCUCAUUUGCAUGGACCAUCUUGUCUCUAUCACCUGAAAGCAAUGUCACAGAGUCCGGGGACUGUGGAUGGCUCAGGAUAUGUGUACUUGCAUCGAACCAUCCUGCUGAUAUGAAAGCCCUGGUCAACUGUUCUGCACGUGGAAUUGUGGGGCAGGGAGGGCGAGUGUCUCCUUGGCAUUUUUUUUUUCCUUAUUCUUUGAAAGAAAUAUUUGUCUUAACUAGUUUAAUUUCUUGAUUGAUUUGCUUUUCUUCAAAAAUGCUGUAUUGGAGUUCUGAAUGUCUCUGGUUGUUUGCACACAGAUAACUGCAAAGAGGUUGUCAUUACUGGUUACACGCAAGCUGAGGCCAGAGCUCUUACUUAAUGGCUUGGGGAAGGCACAAAACAUGAGAGAAAGGUAACUGCCGGCCAGGCUUGCAUUGUUUAGCCACGAAUUGCUGCUUGGUACUAGAGUCAUAUAUAUAUAUAUAUUUUUUAAUCCCAGGAUUUGUCAUCAUUUUCAGAGGCAAAGUGCCAAAUAUCACCCAAAGCUCUCAUGUCACUUUUCUUUUUACCCCCUUCCUUUAUUCUUAUUUAUUGAUUUUUGUGCAAACCUCAAAGAUUAUCAUGGUUCACAGGAGGCUUUUUUUGACCAGCCUUAAAUUUCUGACUCACAGGAUUGAUCAGAUUUUCAGGCAGUGUUUAACCAGGUGCUUUGUCCUGUAUGUUUUUCUGUCUGUCUGUCUCAGCUCCCUGUCUUAUAUGUAUAUGCCAUCUGUCUUCAUGUAGCACAGAAAUGCCUUGAUAAGAUGUUCACGAUUUUAGUCCUGGGUCCUCUCCCCUGCCCCGGCCUUCUCCGCUCUUUGGAACAGCCUCUCUGCUUUGUGUACAAAUGAAUGACGCCCUGUAGACUACCUAAGCUAAUCGGUACUGUGAACCUUUUUUGAUAAGCAGGAUUUAAGCAGCAGUGUCACCAUCACAUUGGUUGCUUGCUGCACUGUCAGUUUCUACUACCUAGCAACCAGCAUUCAUCACUACACUCCAGCAAAACCGCGAGGGAGUUUUGUUCAGUCCAAGUGGAAGAAAUUCUGUUUACAACAUCCCUGUGAAUGCACUUGCGAUAGUGUGUCUGGUGUAUUGGGCGCGUGAGGGAAGAAAAAUGCCAUAAUAUAAAUCGAGGGAUAAACAAUAUUUCUAAGGCAUUCAGGAUCCUUGAGACUGUUGAUUAACCCUUAAUUCUCAUGUUUAUUUUUUUUUUUUUCGUUAGGAAGACAAAUGUCAUUUUUAUUAUUGGCCACAUAACACCUCUUACUCUCUAUCCCUAAGUCCUAAAGCAUGAACUGCAUGUCAGAGAUCUUGUACAGCAACGGAUUUACCCAGACGUACACAUCUGAUAUUUAGAGAUUCAGUGAUCCUUUUAAUAAGACCACA